ACCCCGCAUUCACUAUAUCCGCUCUCCCUGGACCCUGCAUUCACUAUAUCCGCUCUCCCCGGACCCCGCAUUCACCAAAUCCGCUCUCCCCGGACCCCGCAUUCACUAUAUCCGCUGUCCCCGGACCCCACAUUCACUAUAUCCGCUCUCCCCGGACCCCGCAUUCACUAUAUCCGCUCUCCCCGGACCCCGCAUUCACUAUAUCCGCUCUCCCCGGGACCCCGCAUUCACUAUAUCCGCUCUCCCCGGACCCCGCAUUCACUAUAUCCGCUCUCCCCGGACCCCCGCAUUCACUAUAUCCGCUCUCCCCGGACCCCGCAUUCACUAUAUCCGCUCUCCCCGGACCCCGCAUUCACUAUAUCCGCUCUCCCCGGACCCUGCAUUCACCAUAUCCGCUCUCCCCGGACCCUGCAUUCACCAUAUCCGCUCUCCCCGGACCCUGCAUUCACUAUAUCCGCUCUCCCCGGACCCUGCAUUCACCAUAUCCGCUCUCCCCGGACCCUGCAUUCACCAUAUCUGCUCUCCCCGGACCCUGCAUUCACUAUAUCCGUUCUCCCCGGACCCUGCAUUCACCAUAUCUGCUCUCCCCGGACCCUGCAUUCACUAUAUCCGCUCUCCCCGGACCCCACAUUCACUAUAUCCACUCUCCCUGGACCCCGCAUUCACUAUAUCCGCUCUCCCUGGACCCCGCAUUCACUAUAU